AUGGGAACAAUACAAAGACGUCUUCUCUUACUUCUGUCUCUGCUGCUUCAUCUCAACCCUUCACUCUCAUAUUCACUGAAAAACUGCACUGUUGAUUAUUCUGAGGAUGGCUCUGCUCAUAUUGUCUUGAACUGCCUUUAUGGUGAUCUUGCUGCUGUCCCUCAUGACAUCCCCAGAGAUGUAAGCUCAGUAGAUCUCAGUAACAAUCUCAUUGGACAGAUUAACAGGAAAGAUUUUGGCUUCUUUUCAAAGCUGAGACUUUUGUUCCUGGACACGAAUAAGAUUGCUCACGUAGACGAUGGAUCUUUUAUCGGGUUGGUGGCGUUGUCAAAACUUGGCAUGAGAACUAAUGAACUCACCAGCCUGACAGGAAACCUUUUCCAGGGACUGUCCAACCUCACAACGCUUGACAUCGGACAAAACAAAAUCCAGUUCAUCGACGCCUCAGCCUUUGAGUUCCUGACCAGUUUACAGACUGUGAUGCUGGAUUGGAACCAGAUCCAACAAGUUUCAGACAUUCAGCCCAUCUUACAGCUACCACAUCUACAAAAUCUGAGCAUUGGACAUAAUCGAUUUCAUUCUUUCCAGACCAAAGAUCUGCUGCUGAACAUGUCCUCAAGCCUGAAGGUGUUGGAUGUAGCUCAUAGUGAGUUGGAAAUAUUCAGCAUCACCACACCGAUCUUUCCUCACCUUGAGCUGAUUGACAUUUCUCAUUCCAGUUUGAAAUGGGACGUCCCUGACAAGACUUUACUGAAGAACAUAACUCAACUGUAUGUUAGCUUUACUUCACUGCCUUUUAAAGAGAUGCAAAAAGUCCUGCAGAGUCUUGACUCGCUGAUGCAUCUCACUCUAUAUUAUAUGGAAAGGUGGAUCAAAAAUGGACUCUUAGAUACAGUCUGCAAAAUCCCAACACUUAAGAAGCUGGAUCUGUCUUACAACACUUUCCCCAAAAUCAGUGCCAAGCUUGUAAAUUGCUCUCAGCUCACUGAACUUGACCUGUCCAGUACUUUCAUGGAGGAAGUGUUUCCAGGCUCCAUACGAUCGAUGAAGCGACUGAGGUACCUCAACUUACAAUGCAAUAAGCUCUCCAAAGUGCCAGAUGACAUCAGGAGUCUCUCCUCCCUCGAGAUCCUGGAUCUGAGUAAUAAUUAUCUCAUUGAGUUGGGCUGUGGAGAUUUCCUAAACACAACACGCCUCACUGAACUUAAUCUGAGCAACAACCGCAUUGCCAAACUGGACUCGUGUGCCUUUGAAAAUCUGGAAGAUCUGAAAGUUUUAGAUUUAAGUUACAACCUGCUGUCGACAUUCAGAGGUGCCUUCAAAACUGGCCUGCAGAAGCUUGAAUUCCUCCAUCUGAGCAAUGACGUUGUGUCUGUUUUGGAAAAAGGGGAUUUUGAAGCUUUAGGAUCUGUAAAGUAUUUGGAUGUGGUGUUAGAUAAAAUCAACUCGGUGGAACAGGAAGCUUUUGAUGGAAUGAACAACCUGGAAACUCUUAAUGUGAAGCUUCCUCUCCAUUUUGAAAUAAACUUCAGAGGACUGCAUCAGCUGAAAAGUCUCACAGUAUAUUUUAAUACUGACAGCAGUUUCAAGAGUACUCCUCCAAACCCUGAAAAAGUUUUGUUUAAUUUAAAAUAUUUGAAAAGUUUUACCGUAAUAUGCAAAGGCAAUCAUUUGGGCUCUCCCUUAGACGUACCGGCAGAGAUCUACAGGGCUAUGAAAAAUUUAGAGGAGUUCACGGCUGUGAAUGUGUUUGUUUCUGCGCCCGAUCCAACAACAUUUUGGUACAACCCUAAGGUCAAGAGUUUGACGAUCCAGCAGACUGAUUUGACAGAAUUUGAUCCUAAUCUGUUUGAGCCGAUCCCAAACCUGCAGUCCCUCGAUCUGUCCAGAAACAAACUCAGAUCUUUGGAUUUUCUGGCUCAGGCCGACCUGCCGGUUCUCAGCUGGUUGAAACUCAGUGAGAACGAGAUGAUGGUGAUCAAUGAGACGGUCUUCCAGUCUCUGCCUGCACUAACAUAUCUGGACCUGCUUGGUAACCCUUUCACCUGUGACUGUUCUAAUGUCGGCUUCAUCCAAUGGAUGAUUAGCAACAACCAGACACAAGUUGUUAAUGCCUACCAGUACACUUGUUCCUUUCCUCCCAAUAAACAAGGAAGCAAGCUGCUGGACUUUGACAUCCAGUCCUGCUGGAUGGAUAUUAACUUCCUCUGCUUCAUUUCCAGCACUUGUCUGGUUGUGCUAACUCUCCUCACAUCCUUCAUCUACCACUUUCUGAGGUGGCAGCUAACCUACGGCUUCUACCUCUUCCUGGCCUUCCUCUAUGACAAGAGGAAGAGGAAGCAGGAAGCUCCUCAUUGCUACGACGCUUUCAUCUCCUACAACGUUCAUGACGAGGCCUGGGUUUACCAAGAGAUGCUUCCAGUGCUGGAAGGAGAGCAGGGCUGGAGACUCUGUCUGCACCACAGAGACUUCCAACCAGGUAAGCCCAUCAUAGAGAACAUCACAGACGCCAUCUACAACUGCAGGAAGACCAUCUGUGUGAUCAGCCGUCACUACCUGCAGAGCGAGUGGUGCUCCAGAGAGAUCCAGAUGGCCAGCUUCCGUCUGUUUGAUGAGCAGAAGGACGUGUUGAUCCUGCUGUUUCUGGAGGACAUCCCCGCUCAUCAGCUGUCUCCGUACUACCGCAUGAGGAAGCUGGUGAAGAGACGCACCUACCUGAGCUGGACGCAGGCUGGUGGACACACAGGAGUCUUCUGGCAAAACGUACGGAGAGCUCUGGAGACGAGGGACGCUCCCAACGAGACCACCAACCUGCUGACCGGACCCACGGGACACUUUCACCAAGGAUGCAGACAUCUCUAUUCAACAAUGGGAACAAUACAAAGACGUCUUCUCUUACUUCUGUCUCUGCUGCUUCAUCUCAACCCUUCACUCUCAUAUUCACUGAAAAACUGCACUGUUGAUUAUUCUGAGGAUGGCUCUGCUCAUAUUGUCUUGAAUUGCCUUCAUGGUGAUCUUGCUGCUGUUCCUCAUGACAUCCCCAGAGAUGUAAGCUCAGUAGAUCUCAGUAACAAUCUCAUUGGACAGAUUAACAGGAAAGAUUUUGGCUUCUUUUCAAAGCUGAGACUUUUGUUCCUGGACUCGAAUAAGAUUGCUCACGUAGACGAUGGAUCUUUUAUCGGGUUGGUGGCAUUGUCAAAACUUGGCAUGAGAACUAAUGAACUCACCAGCCUGACAGGAAACCUUUUCCAGGGACUGUCCAACCUCACAACGCUUGACAUCGGGCAAAACAAAAUCCAGUUCAUCGAUGCGUCAGCCUUUCAGUUCCUGACCAGUUUACAGACUGUGAUGCUGGAUUUCAACCAGAUCCAACAAGUUUCAGACAUUCAGCCCAUCUUACAGCUACCACAUCUACAACAUCUGAGCAUUGGACAUAAUCAAUUUAAUUCUUUCCAGACCAAAGAUCUGCUGCUGAACAUGUCCUCAAGCCUGAAGGUGUUGGAUGUAGCUGAUAGUAAGUUGGAAAUAUUCAGCAUCACCACACCGAUCUUUCCUCACCUUGAGCUGAUUGACAUUUCUCGUUGUGGCAGAAGUGCCAGUUUGAAAUGGGACAUCCCUGACAAGACUUUACUGAAGAACAUAACUCAACUGUAUUUUGGCUUUACUUCACUGCCUUUUAAAGACAUGCAAAAAGUCCUGCAAAGUCUUGACUCACUGAUGCAUCUUACUCUAUAUUAUAUGGAAAGAUGGAUCAAAAACGGCCUCUUAGAUACAGUCUGCAAAAUCCCGACACUUAAGAAGCUGGAUCUGUCUUACAACUCUUUCCCCAAAAUCAGUGCCAAGCUUGUAAAUUGCUCUCAGCUCACUGAACUUGACCUGUCCAGUACUUUCAUGGAGGAAGUGUUUCCAGGCUCCAUACAAUCGAUGAAGCGACUGAGGUACCUCAACUUACAAGGCAACAAGCUCUCCAAAGUGCCAGAUGACAUCAGGAGUCUCUCCUCCCUCGAGAUCCUGGAUCUGAGUAAUAAUCAUCUCAUUGAGUUGGGCUGUGGAGAUUUCCUAAACACAACACGCCUCACUGAACUUAAUCUGAGCAACAACCGCAUUGCCAAACUGGACUCGUGUGCCUUUGAAAAUCUGGAAGAUCUGAAAGUUUUAGAUUUAAGUUACAACCAGCUGUCGACAUUCGGAGGCGCCUUCAAAACUGGCCUGCAGAAGCUUGAAUUCCUCCAUUUGAGCAAUAACUUUGUGUCUGUUUUGGAAAAAGGGGAUUUUGAAGUUUUAGGAUCUGUAAAGUAUUUGGAUGUGGUGUUAGAUAAAAUCAACUCGGUGAAACAGAAAGCUUUUGAUGGAAUGAACCACCUGGAAACUCUUAAUGUGAAGCUUCCUCUCCAUUUUGAAAUAAACUUCAGAGGACUGCAUCAGCUGAAAAGUCUCACAGUACAUUUUAAUACUGACAGCAGUUUCAAAAGUACUCCUCCAAACCCUGAAAAAGUUUUGUUUAAUUUAAAAUAUUUGAAAAGUUUUACCGUAAUAUGCAAAGGCAAUCAUUUGGGCUCUCCCUUAUAUGUACCAACAUACAUCUACAUGGCUAUGAAAAAUUUAGAGGAGUUCACGGCUGUGAAUGUGUUUGAUUCUGCGCCGGAUCCAACAACAUUUUGGUUCAACCCUAAGGUCAAGAGUUUGACGAUCCAGCAGACUGAUUUGACAGAAUUUGAUCCUAAUCUGUUUGAGCCGAUCCCAAACCUGCAGUCCCUCGAUCUGUCCAGAAACAAACUCAGAUCUUUGGAUUUUCUGGCUCAGGCCGACCUGCCGGUUCUCAGCUGGUUGAAACUCAGUGAGAACGAGUUGACGGUGAUCAAUGAGACGGUCUUCCAGUCUCUGCCUGCACUAACAUAUCUGGACCUGCUUGGUAACCCUUUCACCUGUGACUGCUCUAAUGUCGGCUUCAUCCAAUGGGUGAUUAGCAACAACCAGACACAAGUUGUUAACGCCUACCAGUACACUUGUUCCUUUCCUCCCAAUAAACAAGGAAGCAAGCUGCUGGACUUUGACAUCCAGUCCUGCCGGAUGGACGUUAACUUCCUCUGCUUCAUUUCCAGCACUUGUCUGGUUGUGCUAACUCUCCUCACAUCCUUCAUCUACCACUUUCUGAGGUGGCAGCUAACCUACGGCUUCUACCUCUUCCUGGCCUUCCUCUACGACAAGAGGAAGAGGAAGCAGGAAGCUCCUCACUGCUACGACGCCUUCAUCUCCUACAACGUUCAUGACGAGGCCUGGGUUUACCAAGAGAUGCUUCCAGUGCUGGAAGGAGAGCAGGGCUGGAGACUCUGUCUGCACCACAGAGACUUCCAACCAGGUAAGCCCAUCAUAGAGAACAUCACAGAUGCCAUCUACAACUGCAGGAAGACCAUCUGUGUGAUCAGCCGUCACUACCUGCAGAGCGAGUGGUGCUCCAGAGAGAUCCAGAUGGCCAGCUUCCGUCUGUUUGAUGAGCAGAAGGACGUGUUGAUCCUGCUGUUUCUGGAGGACAUCCCUGCUCAUCAGCUGUCUCCGUACUACCGCAUGAGGAAGCUGGUGAAGAGACGCACCUACCUGAGCUGGACGCAGGCUGGUGGACACACAGGAGUCUUCUGGCAGAACGUACGGAGAGCUCUGGAGACGAGGGACGCUCCCAACGAGACCACCAACCUGCUGACCGGACCCACGGGACGCUUUCGCCAACCAGCUGCCUCCAACGUCUUGAUGCUGAAGACCCUUAAAAAGCCACCAAGGGCUGCUUACUGCUCCUGCUGA